AAGGUGACAUCAUGAGGUGACGCGGGUCGCUGCUAUAAGACCGGAGGGCGCGGCGCUACCACCACAGAAUCUCCCGCCGCGCACCAUGGUCACAAGGGUGGUGCUGUGUACUGUCGCCGCAGCUGUCCUGGUGCUGGGAGCGCCGGAUGCCAGGCAGGCGCCACCGCCCACCCAGCCUACUUUCAACGCCAACGCCACACUGGCGGCCAUGCUGUGGCGGCACAUGAUUGGUCUACAACCUCGGGCGGCCGCCCAAGCCUCCAUGUACUGGCGGCUGAUGUCAGUGGAGGACCCUGAGGGGGCGGCCAAGGCAGCCAUGGAGACUCGCAAGGCCACCGCUGCCGAUCCCGAGGCCAUGACGUACAUGGCUAUACAGUACCAGCGCAUGGCUCCUCGCAGCCUGGAGUACGCCAGGCUUGCUGACACCUACUGGAAGAAGAUGGCUGUGCACGACCCCGAGGUCACGGCCAGAUCAGCGAUGUACUGGAGGAACAACCCAGAGGCUGACAUGUACUGGUAGCCGCCACGCAGGCUGUCCGUCACUCCCGCGUAUGCUGCAGCGGCCCACGGCCAUUCCUAAAUUAAUGGCUUUUUGGCUACAUAACCCCGGCGUCUUCGAGCGACUGAUCACCAAUCAGACUCUCUCUCUCUCUCUCUCUCUCUCUCUCUCUCUCUCUCUCUCUCUCUCUCUCUCUCUCUCUCUCUCUCUCUCUCUCUCUCUCUCUCUCUCUCUCUCUCUCUC